AUGAUAACAUACCUAUCUACUUUCCCUGCAUCAAGAGCAUUAACGUCUUCAAAUUUAUCCCAUUAUCCCGGAUUCGAGGUUCAUGGGUAUUCGAGUCUCAGACUCUUUUCUACAUCCACCACCAGAGCCAACACCUCGGAAGACAUUUCGGGUAGUACCAAGGAGCUCUCGAAGUCCAUAAAGGAGCACUUGGCCAAAACUAAAGAGAAGCGGGCCAUUCGAGCUGAAGAGAAUAAAGACGAGUCCGACGUAAUGAAGAACUCAUUCAAACAAAAUAUUAAGACCAUCGUAAGAAUAUUCAAGCUCGGGGCUCCCGACACCAAGCUCUUUCUCAUAGCGUUGGGAUUCAUUCUAUUUGCGGUUCUAUAUCCGACGGCGGCUGUGAAGUUGGUGGGAGCGGCCAUUGAUGCCUUCAACAACAAGGCGUUUGAUGAGGACGGCAAUAUAUUGAUCUGGGGAUAUAAAGCCACCAGUGUGUUUGCAGUGAUGACGCCGUUCUUGGUGGCGAGUGCUGUUUGUUUCUGGGCCAGGAUCUGGCUUUUGAAGAUGUUGGGGGAAAGAUUGGUUGCAAGAUUAAGGUUGCGAGUGAUGAAACACCUUUUACGACACGACUCUGCCUUUUUUGAUGGAGAAAAACACAAGGUAGGUGACUUGAUGUCCCGUCUUGCUAGUGAUGCAUACGUUGUUUCCAGAUCACUUACAGGGAACCUUCCGGAUGGACUUAAAAAUGUGUUAUUUGCGUUGAUCAGUUCAUACAUGAUGCUUUCUAUCAACCCCUUGCUCUUCGGGGUGAUGAUGUUAAUUUCGCCUCCCAUAACAUUUGGUUCGGUAUGGUACGGUGAGAAGAUCCGAAAGAUUUCAACCAAGCUCCAAAACGCUACUGCUGGUUUGACCAAGAUCAGUGAAGAAACCCUCAACUCGGUCAAAGUUGUGCAGGCUUUCACGGCUGAGAGCAAGGAGUUGAACAGAUACUCGGAUCAGCUUCGGACGGUGGUGGGAGUGGCCAAAAAGGAAGCGUUUGCCAAUUCCAAUUACUCGGUUUCCAUCUAUGGGUUGUACCAUACGGGGUAUUUGGCGUGUGUUGCAUUGGGAGUUUAUUUCAUUUCUCGGGGCCAAAUGAGUACAGGGGACGUGGUGGCUUUCACCAUGUACCUGGAGCUCUUCAACGGAGCGUUGUAUAGCUUGACCACGACGUACCUCGAGUUAAUGAAAGGAGCUGGUGCUGGGGUGAAGCUUUUUGAGUUAAUUGAUCAUGCAGACCAGGUGGAUGCGGUGAAGGGAAAGAAAAUUGAACCAAAUUUGGGCAAGGAUAUCGAGUUCAGAGACGUUGUUUUCAGUUAUCCUUCCAGACCCGAUGACGCUGUUUUCAAAGAGUGUUCUUUCAAGAUUCCUGCUGGUUCAAGUACUUGUUUUGUUGCACCUUCUGGAUGUGGGAAAUCCACGGUUGCCUCGUUAUUAUUGAGGUCCUACAACAUCAACAGCGGACAAAUUCUUAUUGGGGGUAAGGAUAUUAGUCAAUACCAAGUAAGAGAUUUGAGACGUCAGGUGAUAGGAAUAGUGCAACAGGAGCCUAUUCUUGUGAGUGGGACCAUUUUGGAAAACAUAGUAUAUGGGUUAACACCUUCGCAAAUUGAGAAUGUGACGUUUGAAGAUAUCCUUGAGGUGUGCAAACAAGCCAAUUGUCACGAGUUUAUUAACGCCUUCCCCGACAAGUACGAUACAAUCAUCGGAUCAAGAGGAGCUUCGUUGUCGGGAGGCCAGAAACAAAGAAUUGCAAUUGCCAGAGCCUUAAUCAAAAGACCGGCGAUUUUGGUGUUGGACGAAGCCACUUCAGCUUUGGACUCCAGGCUGGAGAGUCUCAUUAACGAGACUCUUAAGGAGCUCACAGCUUCAGGUAGAAUGACCAUCAUUUCCAUUGCCCAUCGGUUGUCCACCAUCUCCAAGUCCGAGUAUGUGGUUGUAUUGGGUAAAGCCGGUAAAGUGGUGGAAACCGGCAGGUUUGUCGAGCUCUUUAGUGACCCCACGUCUGAGUUGUCCAAGCUUCUUGACCAAUCGAGUGAUCAAUUGACACCCAAAUCCGAGAAAGAAAAGCCAUUGGACAUCAACGACGAUCUUUCGGAGGUGGAGGUGAUCCGAAACAUGGUUUACGACUUACCGUUUGAGACCAGAAGACAGCUUCUCGGGCAAUUGACACUCGAGAUUCAAGACGGCGAGGUUGACGAUAUCCAGCUGUUGAAAGACAAGGUUUCAUCUGAGUUGCCAUGA